CAAUCCCCUUCGCACACCUUAGGGUUUCAGCCAGUAGAGGGCAUAGCGCCGCUGCCGCCGCCGUCGCCCGUAGCUCUUCCCUAGUCGUCGCUGGCCCUAGAACAACGCCAGCCCGGAGCUCCGCCCAUGCUGCCGGAGAGAAGCUCCUCCCUCGUCGCCGCUGCCCCAAAGCUCCGCGUACGCCGCCGCCGCCCUUAGCCCAAGGCCACCCGAAGCUCCGCCUCGUCGCCGUCGCCGUUGACUCAACGAUCCGCCCUCCUACAGCUGUAACCCGGACCACUACUUCGUAGAUCCAUGGCCAAUGUCAACGGCCCCGAUCCGCCGCCAAGGCCCCCGAUCUGCCACCAACUUCAGAAAUCGUCCGCCACCGCACCCCUCCGCUGCCAUUUUCUCACUGCCAUCUCUCGCCACCGUGCCACGCUCCUCCACCAGGUCAGUCCCUUCAACCGCGCCAACUACCUACAACGCCGGUCACCGAGCAAGGCUACUGCGAGCGACUGAGCCACUACAUGCCCGGGUUUGCAUCGAUCUAUCUCUUCCUCCAAGGAUGUGCCCAAGGAUGAGGACAGGAAGUCACGGCUUCUCAACACUCUGCUGGCCUCUACUCCACCACCAUAACCAUUCUUCUCCACAACCACUUCCAGUGACGCUGCAGCCUAAGGAGAGGUGGAGAGGGAUGAUCAAGGCAACCUCACGGAAAGCAGGCUGAAUUAAAUCCCAAGAGGAUGACAAGUUGCAUGGAUCACUUCGGCGAUCUGAGUUGGUGCCAUCUACUACUAUUGAUUUUCAUUUCUGUUGUAAUGCUUGAUGGAUAAUGUUGUUCACUUCUGUAUGAAGUUUCUGUUUUAAUAUUUAUGCUUGUGUUGUUCACUGCUAAGAUGAAGUGUUAUGCUCCAGAAUGCUCUUAUUGUUCACAUAUGCAUGAAGUUUUG